AUGAAUCAAGAAAUCUACGAAGAACUGCUCUUCGCAAGAACUUUGAUAACCGACACUAAAGAUUUUGAAUCUAGGUUUGAGGAUAUUUUGACUAUGGUAAUACCACCGUGGAUAAUUAAUCCAUAUGGUGACAUAGAAGAAACGAAUGUCAUAAUACAAGAGGAACUGACUGAACUAAGUACAAACGAAGAACUUAAGGUUCAGUAUAAAAGCGGAUAUCAGCAAUUCUGGCUGCAAAACAACAUACCGGUUACUUAUCCUCUAUUAUGGAAUAUAGCGAGAAAAUUUUUAAUUUCCUUUCCAUUGUCAUACCUAGUGGAAAGGGGGUUAAGCGCUGUUACCAAUCUCCUAACGAAAAAAAGAAACAGACUGGACAUCAUCAGCCGAGGAGAUUUAAGAUUACAAAAUUAA